AAUCUCCAAGCAAAGAUUUCGGUCCAACUCUGGGUUUGAAAAAGUCCAGUUCCCUGGAGAGCCUACAGACGGCGGUGGCCGAGGUCAGGAAGAAUGAACUCCCCUUCCACCGGCCCCGGCCGCACAUGGUUCGAGGCCGCGGCUGCAAUGAGAGCUUCAGAGCAGCCAUUGACAAGUCUUACGAUGGACCUGAGGAAUUAGAAGCUGACGGUCUGUCUGAUAAGAGCUCUCACUCUGGUCAAGGAGCCCUGAAUUGUGAGUCUGCCCCUCAAGGGAACUCUGAGCUUGAGGACGCAGAAAAUAAAAUCAGGAAAGUCAAAAAAACGAAAGAGAAGGAGAAGAAGAAGGACAAGGGCAAACUGAAAGCCAAGGAGAAGAAGCAGAAAGAGGAAGGUGAAGAUCCGGAAAGAAAAGUAAAGAGGAAGGGAUUUGGCGCCAUGCUGAGAUUUGGAAAGAAGAAAGACGAUAAGGGUGGGAAGGCCGAGCAGAAAGGGCCCGUGAAGCGUGGCGGCCCGAGAGAAGAGGAGCUGGAGAAAAUGAAAGAAGAACGGGAACGGAUUGGAGCAAAACACCAGGAACUAAGGGAAAAGCAGUUAAGAGGUCUCGUUGAUUAUACUACCGGUACAGUGGGAUCACUGCAUGAUAUGGACGAUGAUGAAAUGGACCCCAAUUACGCCAGAGUGAACCACUUCCGGGAACCAUGUGCAUCAGCAAAUGUCUAUAGGUCUCCAUCUCCCCCUAGGCCUGGACCACUGGGUUUUCCUCGAGAUGGUCGUCCACUGUCUCCAGAGAGAGAUCACUUAGAGGGUCUGUAUGCCAAGGUCAACAAGCCAUACCAUCCGCCAGUGCCAGUUGACAGUGGCCGUCCCAUGAGCGGAAGUGCUGAACGCAUCCAGAAGUUGCGGAAGGAGUAUUAUCAGGCUCGGAGGGAAGGUUUUGCAUUAUAUGAGGACGACGAAGGAAGAACAAGGCCGUCUGAUUAUGACCUUCACUGGGUGUCUGGAAAGGGUCCAGAUGGGAACGCGCACAACCUCCGCUUUGAGGGGAUGGAGAGACAGUACGCAUCCUUACCCAGGGGUGGCACAGCCGAUCCUGUAGAUUAUCUGACAGCAGCACCUCGAGGACCCUACAAGGAGAGGGAGCUUUCGUAUUAUCCAGGGGCUCAUCCUGUGCAUCCUCCCAAAGGGAGCUAUCCCCGCCCCCCAGAUCUGAGGGUCGCAGAUCUCCGGUAUCCCCAGUACUACCCACCCCCACCAGCACCCCAGCACAAAGGACCCUUCCGACAAGAUGUUCCGCCUUCACCCCCUCAGCACCACAGAGUGCCAGCCUAUCAGGAAAUGGGCAGACCAGGGCCCCGAGGGGGCAGCCCAGACCAGUACCCCUACCGAACCCAGGAUCCCCGGCAGAAGAACCCCAUGACCGCAGCCGUGUAGCUGGGUGCCACCGAGCUCAGCGCAGCCCAGAAAGGAAGAUAUCUACCAUCACCUUGGCCCUUCCCUAAGGCCUUCUUCCUGCUGAGAAUUCUCCAUGGUAGAGAGUAGGUUUCUCCUCACUGAGGUUGUAGCAUCUGACUGCUCAUCAGAGAGAAAAGGAAAGACGAGAGUUUGGAGGGGACAAAUGAGGAGGAAGAGGAAGGAUGGAGCCAUAAAAACAAUAGUGUCUGGUAUCUGAAAUUCUUUCAGAAUUCAAUGAGUGGCAUUUGAAUAGACAAAUAACAAUGGAGAUGUAUUAUGUUGUGUCUCCCAGCCAGAUAACCUGUGCACGCACAUCCCCCAGAAUUGGCAGCAUGGAGGCAGUCUCUGCCCUGGAUGGUCAUCCAUUCAGAAGCUAAGCUUCAGCCGCCUUGUUAGUGUUAAGCCUGAAGAGUGACUGCAAAUAUGGGCAUCUGAAGUGGGUAAUAUUUUCAGCGAGAAAAAGAACAGCAAACAUAACUUGUGAUCUCCUUGAAAUGUUUUAUACCCAGAGUAAGACUGCAUUUCUUUAUUUGUAGAAUUUCUCAGGUUCCUGGUACCAUUCAUUUGGUAUAGGCAUUUCACGUGUCCUCACUUUUUAUAUAAAAGAUGCGAAUGCAGUAUUAGUGUCCUGGGAAAAUGUGCACACCUAGCCGGAAUAUAUUCCAAGGACCAAGGUGAUCACGUUAAUAGGGCUGAGACUCCCAUGGCCCUCACCUUUCUUCCUCCCACGUCCCAGGCACCAUAGCGUGGAGAUACCUGGUUUCAGAGUCAUCCCCAAAUCUCCUGCCUAUAAUUAUUGUAACUGGGGCCUCCACUUGAAGAUACCCACUUGAGGGCUAAAAUGUACUUGAGGAAAAAGAAGGACCACUGAUUAGGUCACACAGGAAGCAAUGCCCUGGAGGUGCCAAUUCCAAACUCAGUGCCAAACAGUGCAAUCUGCGCCUGGGGACAUGGAGGGGCUGACUGUGGCCUUUGGAUAUUGAUAACCAGCAAGUAGUAGAUGGUGGUGAUUGACAGUGUGUGUGUAUGUGUGUGUGUGUGUGUGGAUAGGAAAGUGUGUGGUUACCAGUAUGGAGAAUGGAAGAUAAAAAUCCUUUCUGGAAAGUUUGAUGAGUAAGAAAAUAAUGAAAAAAAACAAACAAACAAACCCAGAAAGGAAGGGAGUAGAGGCAUAAAACUAAGUCAUUCUGUGUCUGCUAUAUUUCAUUAACAAAAGUCAGGGCAAGACCAAGGCCAAGGUCUCCAAUUGGGAAAUGAAAGUCUUACCGCUUUGAAAAGCUGAAACCCCAUCCUCCUAAACCCAUCACAAUUUCUUUGGAACUUUGCAGCUAUUUUCUACUUAUUUCAACAGAACACCUAACACAACCUGACCCAAAUGAGAAUUCAAACAAAAGACCAAGAAACAGUAAAACCUCAGAGCAGCAGUUUGAAUUGUUCGGUGACUCUUGAAAUGCUUUAAGCCUUUUCACAUUCCUUCUUCAUUCCCUCCCCAAAAUAAAAAAAAAGAAAGAAAGAAAGAAAUGUCUUGAGCUCAAUUUAGACAUAUUUUGGCCAAGCUUAGAAUACCUCUGACUGAUAGGAUUUAAUAAAUUAUAGUAUUAUUGAAUAUAUAGAGUGCCCAUCUAGCCGAGUUUAGCCUUGUUAUUUUUUAAUUUAAAAUAGAGUUCCGUUACCCAGAGUGAUGCAGCUGCUGGUUUUAGACUUAAAUAGUGUUAUUUACUGGACUUUGAGAGUUUGCUAAACUACAAUUUACUUAUGGUCCUCUUGAAAACAGACUGUCAAGUUGUUUUCUACCCUCUGGCAUCUCCCUUAAGCCAGGCCCCUUCCAAUGAUUUGCGAUGUGUGUGGAGGUCGAGGCCCCGCCCUGCUCACCUGGAGGUACAGUGCAAGUGAGCUAUAUAGGGUUUCCCUGCCAACAUGCUGAAUGCUACCUUCCCCUCAAUCUAAAUACACCUUCAAGAAGAAAAUGAUAAUGUGAGGGAAAUUUAACUUGUUUUGAAGCAUUACAAAUCUGCUCUCUAGCAUGGUCCAUCAUUUAACUAAAAUUCUAUGGACUACUGGUUGUAACCAAGCCAAAAGGCUCUUCUGGAUUAAGGCCAAGGCCACACAAGGGGUGACCAGGGCCAGUAGUGUAAAGGGAGAUAGUCUCUGUGUAUUGAAGGAGUGACCCUUCUCAGAAGAAUGCCCAUAUUUUCACCACAUUGCCACCUUGAGAGAACAAUACCUCCUAAAGACAGGCUCCGGGUCAGCUGCUCCCAGCGUGGUUUUGUUUUGUAUACACACACAGUCAAUAAAACAGUUGCUAAUCUUGAGGGGCAGCCAGUGAUGUGAAGGUACUAUUAAAGUGGACCACAAAAAGAUUACAGCCGUUCUUUUUUCUUGCUUGAAGUAUAA